AUGGUCAAGCUCGAGGAAAUUGCAGACACUACUCUGCUGCAGAAGCCUUCCGGAGACACUCAGUCUCCCGUUGAGCGCGUUGAGUCCAAGUACAAGCCAUUAUACAAGUUUAAUUUGCCACGGCACCGCCAGUACCACCAGCAGUAUGCCGACAUCUACUUCUUGCGUCUCACGAAGCUUAAACCUGCUGUCGAGGCCGUUGCCCGUGAGGCAUGGGAGGAUACUAUGAUCGGUGGCGAGAUUGCUCGCCGAGUUGAGCGUGUGCUAGAUGUCCGCCAGGGCCAGCUCUGCUGGAUGGUAGGCACAGUGUACAUGGACAUGCCCCUAAAGCCUAGCGUUCUCGAGGAUAUCUCCAAGGACCGCUGGAUUGGUAACCCGAUCACAACUGGUCACUACUUCCAGGAUGAUGGCAGUGGCACAACCAUCAUGCUCGAGGAUGAUUCUGGUCGUAUCCGCCUCGUUGGUAGCCGCCUGCAAGACUUCUUUCUGGUCACCGGCUGUAUCAUUGCUGUGCUAGGCACCGAGAAUGUAAACGGGGAGUUCGAGGUAAUUGAUCUCAAGUUCGCCGACCUCCCUCCCCAGCCGGAGCGCUGGGCCCUGACCAAACCCCCGUCCAAAGGCGGCCGCAAAAACGAGGACAUCGAAAUGGCCGACUCCAAACCCUCCAAAAAGAUCGCCAUCGUCUCCGGUCUGGAAUUCUCUGGCUACGACACCUCUCAUGCCAUGGACCUCAACCUCCUCCUCGAAUUUCUCCUCGGCGAUGCCCUAACCCCCUCAACCCAAGCCACCGAACUUUCCCAAAUCUCCCGCCUCAUCAUCGCAGGCAAUUCCAUGGGCGACAGCACCCACAACCCAAGCACAACUGCUUACUCACGCAACCCCCACGUCCCGCCCAAACCCCACGUCAAAAAGUACGGCUACGACUCCUCCUCCUUCAACCCCCUCCCCUCCCAACUCCUCGACCAAUUCCUCUCUACCCUCCUGCCCACCAUGCCCGUCACCCUACUCCCCGGCAUCUUGGAUCCUGCUACAGCUAGUUACCCGCAGCAGCCGAUCCACUCGGCGAUGUUCCCCCGGGCAAGGACGUUCGGGCCAACGCCGAAGCCACCGCCGCCGCCCCCGCCGCCGGGUAAGGAGGCAGAGGCUGCGCAGCAGGAGAUGCAAGAGGAGAAAGAGCCAGGCUGGUUCGAUGCAGUGACAAACCCUUGGGAGGGUGAGAUCGAGGGGUGGCGGUUCUUGGGGACCGGCGGGCAAAAUCUGGAUGAUAUCUGCAAGUAUAUUGAUAGUGAAGACCGGUUGGGUAUGAUGGAGGCUAUGUGUCGGUGGAGGUGCACCGCGCCAACUGCGCCAGAUACGCUGUGGGCCUACCCCUUCCAGGAAGAUGAGCCCUUCACGAUGCUGGAGUGCCCGCACGUCUACUUUAUCGGCUGCCAGCCACAGUUCGGGACGCGCGUGAUCGAGGGUCCCCAGGGCCAGACAGUGCGUCUGAUCUUGGUGCCGUCGUUCGCAUCUACGCGUGAGAUCGUGCUAGUUGACGCUGAGACUCUUGAGGUGUCCACAGUGAAGAUCUCGACCUUCUAA